CCCUCAACUAAAUCUCCCAGCGACUUCACCAACAACACGUUGGGGGUAUGCAAUCCGCCUUGCUUUGUUCCUCCCGUUUCUGACCGUGGUCUCUAUCUAAUUCGCUGGUGCCAAGCGCGGUUCAGCUCAAGAUGGCUUGUACUUGAAUUUGAUUGGGAGGUCCCUUUCCCAGUGCAAGAGGAGUCACAUUCGUCUUCUCCGUUGUACCAUUGGUUCAAUGGCAAACAUGUGGUUUUACCUCUUGCUAUUAGUUUCCAUCCAGAACAUUGGAGGAACUCAAUCAGAUUCAACAUAUUUAAUUGGGCUUGGGAGCUAUGACAUAACAGGACCUGCAGCUGAUGUCAAUAUGAUGGGAUAUGCUAAUGCUGAACAGAUUGCUUCUGGUGUCCAUUUCAGACUGAAGGCCCGGGCAUUUAUUGUUGCAGAGCCAGGAGGGAAUCGUGUAGUUUUUGUGAAUCUUGAUGCAUGCAUGGCAUCUCAGCUUGUGACGAUCAAAGUCCUUGAGAGACUAAAGUCAAGGUAUGGGGACAUGUACAAUGACAAAAAUGUAGCCAUCAGUGGGAUUCACACUCAUGCUGGUCCUGGGGGUUACCUCCAAUAUGUUGUGUAUAUUGUAACAUCUCUUGGAUUUGUAAGGCAAUCAUUUGAUGUCAUUGUCGAUGGCAUCGAGAAAAGCAUCAUAGAAGCCCAUGAAAAUCUCCGUCCAGGAAAUAUCUUUGUCAACAAUGGAGAACUCUUGGAUGCUAGCAUAAAUCGCAGUCCUAGUGCCUACCUUAAUAAUCCUGAUGCAGAGCGAAGCAAAUUCAAGUAUGAUGUUGACAAAGAAAUGACUUUAUUGAAGUUUGUAGAUGAUGAAUGGGGUCCCAUUGGGAGUUUUAACUGGUUUGCGACUCAUGGUACUUCAAUGAGUCGUACAAACUCCUUGAUAAGUGGCGACAACAAAGGAGCUGCUGCACGUUUUAUGGAGGACUGGGCAGAGCAAACGGGUUAUGCUAAAGGAAGUGACAUUGUCACUAGCGUUAGACAUAGUUCACUUCAUCGAAGGGUUUCAAUGAUAAUUCCUCAACCACAUGAGAACUUUCAUAAGUUAAGGCAGCUGGCAUCCUCUUUCCUGGCAUCAGGUGGAAGGCAUUUAGCAAGCUCUGAAAGUGUGUCACAACGUGUCCGAAAUGGGCAAGAUGGCAAACCAAAAUUUGUAUCUGCCUUUUGUCAAUCAAACUGUGGAGAUGUGAGUCCAAAUGUGCUCGGGACUUUCUGCAUAGAUACUGGACUUCCUUGUGAUUUCAAUCACAGUACCUGCAACGGGAAGAAUGAACUUUGCUAUGGACGAGGCCCAGGAUACCCAGAUGAAUUUGAAAGCACCAGGAUCAUUGGUGAUAGGCAAUUCACGAAGGCUGUUGAACUCUUCGAUAAGGCUUCUGAGCAGGUAAAAGGAAAAGUUGACUAUCGUCAGACCUACAUAGAUUUCUCAAAGCUUGAGGUCACACUUCUUUCAAGUGAUGGAGGCCAGGAAGUUGUUAAAACAUGUCCGGCAGCCAUGGGAUUUGCUUUUGCUGCAGGAACCACAGAUGGUCCUGGAGCGUUUGAUUUUAAGCAAGGGGAUGACAAGGGUAAUCCUUUCUGGAAACUGGUGAGAAAUUUGUUGAAAACACCUAGCAAGGAGCAAGUUGCUUGUCAACAGCCAAAGCCGAUCUUACUUGACACUGGUGAUAUGGAUCUACCAUAUGAUUGGGCGCCUGCGAUACUUCCAGUGCAGAUAAUCCGAAUAGGACAGGUGGUCAUCCUCUGUGUACCUGGAGAGUUUUCUACAAUGGCUGGGAGGCGCCUGCGAGAUGCUGUUAGAACAGUACUUACCAGUGAUGGCAAUGGCGAAUUUGAUAGUAAUGUUCACAUUGUUAUUGCUGGUCUAUCAAACACAUACUCUCAAUAUGUGACAACAUAUGAUGAGUACCUGAUCCAAAGAUAUGAGGGUGCAUCGACUUUGUACGGUCCCCACACACUCAAUGGUUACAUUCAGGAGUUCAAAAAGCUAGCGUCCGCUCUCCUGGAUGGCAAAAUCAUCGAAUCUGACUUGCAACCUCCUGAUCUCUUGGAUAAACAGAUCAGCUUUCUCCCUCCCGUCGUCAUGGACACAACUCCAUAUGGUGUCAAGUUUGGGGAUGUGGGCACCGAUGUUCCUGAAAACUCCACGUUCAGGCCAGGUGACAUGGUCACUGCAACAUUCUGGUCUGCUUGCCCCAGGAAUGACCUCCUGACCGAGGGCACAUUUUCGCUGGUGGAGAUCUUGGACGGCAGCAGUACUUGGGUUCCUGCAUACGACGACGACGAUUUCAGCUUGCGGUUCAAGUGGUCUAGACCUUCAAGGUUCAGUGCCCAUAGCCAUGCGACGAUAGAAUGGAGGAUCCCGGAAACAGUUGCUGCAGGUGUCUACCGACUAAGGCAUUUCGGCACAUCAAAGAGUUUGUUUGGGAAAAUUCGUCAUUUCACUGGCACAUCCCGUGCCUUUGUCGUGCUGUAGUCUCAUCGCCGGCUUCCACGUUGGACAUCAGUAUUGCAGGAACUCAAAUCACUUGCAGCCAUUGAAGUUAACACAUACUAUUUGCUACUCUUGUUUAUAAAAUCACAUCGGUGGCCUUCCGCAACUGAUCAUAUGAAUUCAACUAUCAGAGUGAUGAGUGCAUUACA